CCGUGGCUGGCUAACGCCCCCUCCUUUGCAUUGGCUUCUGCCAUUGGACGGUGAAAUAAUAAUAAUAAUAACAGUUAGUAAGAGCUUGCCCAACUACCGUGGUACAUUAUCAUUGUACACGUCUGAAGGCACAAGCCUCAGCUUUAUCAACGGAAGAAGGAGUAGACAACUUUCCCUUGGUAGAAUGGCGGACACGCAUGAUAUGAAGAAGGAGUUCUAGACUAUACCGCGCCGCUUGACGACGGUGCGGCCAGCUGGAUGUACAUAGGUCGCAGUCUGAGUAUGCGGUCCGCGAUCUGCAGAGUACUCUGAGUAGUGUCUGGUCGACUUCGAUCCAGUACUCUAGGCUAGCAGUCCCAUCAGGCAUCAACCGGUCCAUAUUAGUUGUCCGAUACAUCAUCUCGGAUACUAGCACUAGCAGCAGUCUAGUAGUAGUACUAGUAGUAGUACCUCCGAGUCCCAGGCACUCGGACUCGGAGCCAGCCACUGUGACCAGGACGUAUCGACGUAUCGUAAAGGAGCGGGCGUAUUUCCUCGAAAGGAUAGCAAGAUUGUGCUCUGCUAGAGUCCUGGUGGCCACUGAUGUGUGUCAGGUGGGACAUCGGCAUCAGCCGGAACUACCCUCGCUGCAGUGCUCGGUGAUACUGUUGACAGUGAUCGGGGACAUUGUUGUUCUUAUCCCAAAUAUGGAUGACAAUCCGUUUCACCUGGUAAGGUUUGUGUGUGACAUUCAACCAUGGUUGAACGAAGUUGACGCAGAUCGAUUGCGACAGAUGGUGAUCAAGAAACAUCUCAUAACUGACAGCGCAUCAAUAGAGAGACUAAAGAGAAUUCGGUCCCGGGAUGGACAAUCUGCUCAUAAUGAGGAGCUCAUCCAGUUGCUCAGAGCUGGUGGCCUAAAGACUUAUCGUGAUCUCGGUGUUGUCAUUGAGGAACUUGGGUAUGUGGACAGGAGCAAGGACAUGCUCUCCAUUUUGUCCCACACAGACAAUCCAUUCCGUAAUGAUACGUUCGUCAGUAGCGUCCAGGUGUGGAUGAACGAUUUGGACCCGGAUCGAUUUCGCAACAUUGCGCAACGGUGUGACUUGUUAGAUCUCGACUCCAUUAGGAUGCUAACAAGAAUAAACAAGACUGAAGGACAGACCCAGCACAAUCAAAAGCUGAUCAAUAUGAUUGUUGCCGGAGAGAUGGAAACAUAUAUGAAACUCUGUGACGUCGUCAAGGUGAUGGGUUUUACCCGGCGCUACGAUCAAAUGAUCAGCAUUGUGAAAGACCGUCUUAAAGAAAGCAGACGUCCGGGAGAAGACCUGGAUCCCCGCACUGUAUACAUCGAGAGGUACAGCAUUCCCGCAGCGUCAGCCAGCCGAAUCAAGUACCUUCAAGCCGGAACUGGAGUAGCUGAAAAUAUCGAGGCUCUUUGCAACAUCAUCCAGUAUAUUUCCAAGCAGGGCCUCUUACCUCCUCCGAGCAGUGAUGGCAAUGAAGAAUCUGGUAUCGAAGAAGCUUCCCGAGAAGCCCUAGCCGAAACUGAUGUGACAGUUUAUGUUGAUGAGGAAUUUGACAAAUCAAUGAUGCAGGACAGCGAUGAUGAUGGAGUUCAGGAAAUCAUCCAAACAACCUUGGAGGACAUUGGGUUCAUUAAGAAGAAUAUCUUUUUUGACGAAUUCCGCCCGUCCAAGCGGAGAGCUUACUCUGUUGCAAAGAAGAAAAUUCUCAUUCGCAUUGUCAUCGACAUUGUAGUUGCUAAGUUCAAGGACAGAAAGUGCAUACGCAACGCCAUCAUCAGCAGACUGAAGCGGUUGACGCAGUCCAGGGGCAGGGUUGUGGUGGUCAUCGGCAGGGCCUACAAAAGCAUUGAAGUGUUCCUGCUGGUUCCCGGACGCUGUGCAAUCGCUCUCCACUACACAGCAAUUGUGUUCCCCGGAAUUCUGGCGGGCCUGGGUGUCCUCGAGUGGAAUCUGGUCGGCAGUCUGGACUUCUUCGACUUGCGGGUCAGUCCGGAUGUGCCUUGGCUUGACAAUACAGGGAUACAGCCUGUCCGUCGGCUGUUCUCUGCAUUGUUUUCGAAAGGGCUUACUGAUACGGACCUCCCAAAUUUAAAUCUCGCUCAAUCCCAGCUCAAGUCCUUGGUAGAGAGACACGAGCAUGACAAUGAAUUCAUCGACUUUCUGGGAAAGUUCAUCAUGAACGAAUUGCUCUCCAGUGUUGAUAUUGAGCAACCGGAAUCCGUCCAGGUCACAGCAGUCAGAGCAGACCCACCUGUAACUAUGCCAACUAAGGAAGAAACAACAGCAGCAGCUGCGUCAGCAGGAUUUGCAGUGUAUCCAUCCAGCCCGACUGCAACAAGUCCAUUGCCAGCAGAAGUAGCACCAGCACCAGCAGCAGCAGGAGCAGUAGCACCAAUAGCAGCAGCAGCAGCAGCAGCAGCAGCAGAAGGAGCAGUAGCACCAAUAGCAGCAGCAACAUGGGCACCUCGAGCAACAGCAAAGCUGGAACCAGGAACAACCGCAACCAAAUCAACUAUGCCAGCACUUCGUACUUAUUCAGUGGCUGCGUCCCUGGUCGAUCGAGAGCAUCGUAUCACCGACAACAUUCUCACUGUGCGGCCAUUCUCACUGGAAGCAAUGCAAUCCAUCCUGGCGCCAACCAAUGAGACAGCGGGGCAAGUAGUACCUUGCGAGGAGCAGGCUGUCACUGAACAGACCAAGUCAACAUCUGCGACCACUGAAUACAUGGACGAUCAUCUGCUUGUUCUUGACAUACCAGGUGGCAUCAGCUUGGAGCAAGGCAAGCUGAAGUUCUACAUGGCUGGAAUGGCUGGUAUCAAACCAUCUGACAUCCAUCCACCGCCUGAGUUCCGAUUUGACCGUGCCCUUUUCCGGUUCAGAGUACCAAUUGAUUUCGACCUCAUUGAAUCCAGCUGCGCAGACUCGCCAUUCGACGAAGUUGGACGGCGCUAUUUGCGAGUUCGCAGAGUCAAGUCACCAUGCUCCCUGUACGCGAAGUUCCCGGGCGAGCGUGACGAGGUUGAGUCUUAUGCUUGGGAGUUGCUCAGGCCAUCAAAGCCAGUGGCUGUGACUAAGCAAUCGCGAGAUAGCGUCAGAGUUACCUAUGAUGACCCAGCAGCUGCAAAAACUGCCAAGACCAGCUCUGCCAUGUCCGGCAAUCAACUUCAAUGUUCGGAACAGUUUGAGGGUUUCCAUUUCCCUGCUCGUGAAGAUGACGAGAGAAGGAUGCGACUGAGCAGCAUGCCUGAGAAGGUGGAACAGCCUAUACCUAACACAAAGGCUGCAUUCCUGAAGUCCUGCAAACCAUUCAAGGAAAUGCUGGUCAAGGAACUUCAUGAUAUCCAUGCAGAGUUCACCAUCAAUGGAGAUCACAUUGUGGUGCGGCCUGGAAGCAAAGCGCUAUACAUCACACACUGGGUAGAGGCUGUCAACGCGGCUUUAGUACACGCCUUCAAGCUGGUCCAGGAGGCCAAAGUGGCUGUACCAGUCGAAUACCAUGACAUGCUACUGGACUGGUGUUCCGAAACAAUGCAGCCACACAACACUGAAGUGGUUGCGAACGCAGAGGAGGCAUGCCUGCAUGUGUUCAGUGUGGAAACUGACGCAUCUCAGUUUGUAUCACUACUCGCCAAACAAGCAAAGAGCACGACCAAAAAAGGAACGAGCGACAUUGGCAACGUCAAAGAAGAUGUGCUGGAGCUGCUGAAGAUGGCUGGAUGCAUAGAGAAUAUUCAGACCGCAACACGGGUGGAAAGCAUUGUGGAAGAAGAGACCAAACCAGGCAUAUUCAAACUCACCAUCUCGGGCCAAGAAAAGAGAGUGACCGAUGCUUCAAACCAGCUCAAGCAGGCUAUCAAGGAUGUAAAGAUGACGGUAUUGACGUUUGAUAAUGAAGAUGUUCGUCAACUAAUGCGCUCUGAAGCUGGUUUAGACUACAUCAGGCAGUAUCUCGAAGGAACGAAGUGCCGCUUGAGAGCUACCAAAGGGCAAAGUCAGCGAACAAAAGUGGAAGUUCUCUACCAUGAAGCUGAUGAGGAUGAAUAUUACCAAGCUGCGGACGACCUUAAUGCGUCCCUCACAUUCACUGAGAUCGACAUGGACAAGAGUGAACUGACAGCAGUUAAUCGUCUUGAUCUCAAGUCCACCAUUCUGGAAUCCAGAGCAGAGUUGAAAGCUAGAUUGUUUCAAGUACGCACUGAUAAACGCACAUCAACUAUUCACAUCUGUGGUGAAAAGAGCGCCGUUUCCGAAUGUGAAGAAGAGGUCAGGGUCAUUCUUGAAUCAAGGGGACGACAGACGGUGGUGUUUAAACUGCGUGCGUCCCAGUUUCAAUUCAUGAAGGAACACUAUGGCGAACAGCUAGAGACACUGAAAGCUAAAUCGUCUACAGUUCACUUUGCUGACCGCAACAACCGUAUUGAGCUCAAAGGACCAAGUGAAGAUGUUGAGGCAGCUCACGCCGAGCUCAAAACUUUGGCUGCACGGUACCAUGUGCAGAAGUUUCCAAUGGCAAUGCCGGGCUUAAAGGACCAUCUGAACAACGCCGAGUACAAAGCGCAGGUUAUAGACGAGGGGAGGAACUCCAAUGUGGACGUUGACAUCAUGUCCCGGAGUGAAGCCGAGAUGGAAAGUGAAGAGGAAUCCUCAGACGAUGGCGAGGCUGACGAAGUGCCCAAUGGCUUGUCCAAACGCAACCAAGGAAGCGCCCAACUUAUGGCGACGUACAGUCUGCCGGCAGGAAAGCAACUAUUGGUGUACAAAGGUGAUAUCACCAAGUUCCACUGCUCGGCCAUGACAAAUGUAUGCAAUGAACGCCUUCAACAUGGUGCAGGAGUGGCAGCGGCCAUAUGCCGGGCCGGUGGUCCGGAUAUUCAACGAGAUUCAUCUCGCCAUGUUCGGCAAGGCCAGUUGUCCGUAUCCGCUGUGUAUCGCACAAGAACUGUUGGUCGUCUACCCUGCAAGGUCUUGCUACACGCCGUGGGGCCCAGAUGGGACCCUCAUCGGCAGCAGAAGUGCCGAUCGCAGCUUGCUGAAUGCAUGCAGAACGUCCUACAGGAGUCCCAAGACCUGGACACUGUAGCCGUGCCCGCAAUCUCCUCAUUGAUUUUCGGCUUUCCAGACGAGAUCUGUGCCAGUGAGCUGGCCAAUGCCACGGUGUCAUGGCUGAGUGAAAACCCAGCUUGCCGUUUGAAGAAGGUUGUGUUCAUUGACCUCAGGCCCGAAAUACUUGAACUACUGAGUUCAGAAUUGGCCCAGUGCUGCGAAGGUACAGACAUGGCUGCCCAGGAAAUGCUGAAUGAGCCACCAUCACACCAGCGGCCCAAGCCAAAGUCACGAAAAAAGUCAAGAGCGGCACCUGAGAACCCAGGGAUCUUCAACAAAGUGAAAAUGGCGGCAGCAUACUUCUUGCCCCAGAAGGCAGCGCAGCCUACACGUAUCUGCAAGCUCUCGCCGAAUGGAAAGGGCUUGACCACUCCAGAGGGAGUUGCUAUCGAAGUUCAACAAGGAGAUAUUUCUCUUUGUCAGGCCGAUGCCAUUGUCAAUUCGUGCGGAUCAAGUUUGCAGAUGAAUGGAGCUGGUCCUACUGCCGCAGCUAUCAGCAAAGUAGCAGGGUCUAGUCUGCAAAAAGAAUGUUCCAAUAUUGUACAGCGUGAGGGCCCAGUCAUGGCUGGUACGUUCAAGGUGACCAAGGGAUACAAUCUACAAGCCAGCCACGUGUACCAUGCUGUCCUGCCGAAUUAUUCUGGGCAUGGUUCAGAGCAGGUGUUGGAGACGGCUGCGAUCAACAUCAUGAGGGAUUCUAACGAGAAAGGCCUGGCUUCACUUGCUGUGCCUUCGUUGGGUGCCGGUAACAGUCGCUACCCUCCCGGACGUGUUGCUGAGAUUCUCAUCGGCUCUGCGGUCAAGUUCAGCAAGUCGACGUCAGUGCCACGAUUGCGCAAGAUAAUCCUGUGCAUCUUUGAUCCGAACAUGCACUCCAUCUUCCUAGAUGAGAUAUCAACCACAUGCGACAAUGGGGCAGGUGAUGGCGACUCGAGCCCCGACAGCUCCUAUUGUUCAGAUCAAUACUCCGAUGAAGAUUUUCAGGCGCCUUUGCAAAACCGUCGAGCAAUUCUGGGUGCUCAGUCUGGCCAGCACCGCAGCAGGACUCAACAGCCGGGACCACGGAAACGGACCACGUCCAAUCAUCCAGCUACACCUCCACUUCACAACGUUACAGUUGCACAGGGUGACAUCACGGGCGAGCAAGUUGACGCCAUCGUCAUCCCUGCGAUGAGCAGCCUGGACAUGUCCAAGGCGAACAUGUCCAAGAAUGUAGCAACAGUGGCAGGCCCAGGGGUUCAAGGUGAGCUGAACACGAUAAAUGGCCGCGGCAAGAAGAAGACCAAUCCUGGUCAAGUGAUUAAGACCGGUGCUGGAAGUUUACACAGCAAGUACAUCCUACACGCCGUUAUGGAGUAUGCUGAAAAGACCUCUUCACCCACAGACUUCCUCAAAGCCAUCGUUACCAAGUGUCUGGAUGAGGCCAGCAAACUCCGAUGUACCUCAAUUGCAAUUCCUGCCUUGGGUGCUGGUGGCCUGAAUUACUCUGUGCAAGAUUGCGUGCAGGCAACGUUUGCAGCCAUCGAAGCUUUCGACUCACAGGCUGGAUCGAGUACAGUGCAGACCAUACGACUUGUGAUGUAUGACCAAAGGCAUGUUCCUCCAUUCCAGGCUCACCUGGACCAAGUGCGGUCGGCUUCUGGCGUGACGAACAGACCGGCUACCCGGACACAACGUAGUUUGGUGAAUAAACCAUCAUCCAAUGCUGCUGCUGCUGCUGCUGCUGCUGCUGCUGCUGCAUGCAUUACAACCAAGGUUAAACAAGCUGACAUUGCAACAGAGAAUGUGGCUGCUAUCGUCACAACAGUCAUGCCCGAUCUGCAGAUGAAAAGCUUAGGAAUGUCGAAAGCCAUCUUAGCCGUGGCUGGUGACUCCGUCCAGAAGUCACUGGAUGGCAGAAAAGCCAAGCUGAAAACUGCUGCUACGCCAGGACAGGUGUAUGAUACAUCGGGUGGAAACCUGAAAAACAUCAAGCACAUCCUUCACGCUGUAAUGAACUAUGCAUCAAAGGUGGUAAAUCAAAAGCAAUUCAUAGAAGAUGUUGUCCUGGGGUGCCUGGAGAAAGCAAGCCAGCUAAACUGCCCCUCCAUCGCCAUUCCAGCACUCGGAGCGGGUGGCCUUGGCUUUGAUGUGACACACUGUGCCGACGGCACAAUGAAUGCCAUAAGAAAGUUCAGUGCUCAGUCCAUGGCACGGACCAGCUUGAAGUCUAUCCUCCUGGUGGUGUACACACCUAAUCACCUGCAACCGUUCCAGCUAGCUGUCCAGAGCACCGCACAAGCCAUGGUGUCAGUUGGUGCACCGCCUCCAUCUCACCCAACCACUCUUCAGGACGAGUUCGAAGUCACCGCAGAGACUAUUAGCAGGCAAGAGGAAGUCGAUGAGCUUGACUUUGAAGAGGAUGAUGACGAUGAAGAUGAUGCGCUUGACCAGGACCUGGAUACUGAUCCAAGGGCAGUACGCAAACAGGAUCGACUUGACCGAAUGGCAUACAAAAACAACUCCGAAUUCGAGGAGCAAGAGGUCAUCUUCAAGCUCACUGGCCCUGACAGUAGAUCCACUCGGUCCACACAGAAGCGAAUUCAGAGCCGAAUCAGUAGCACUCUGAAAUCAUCCACCUUUCAACAUCCAGACAUGGAACUUCUGUCGGCUUCUGAUGAAAUGCAGAUUGAGUUGGGAGCUGAGAAGCGCAGCGUCCUGUUGAGAUACAAGGACACUAACACAAUUGUCCUACACGGCAACACAUCAGACAUGGCUCUGGUACAGGCACAAAUUGCUGAAAAGUGUAACAGUGCACAAAGUCAACUUCGGCUGGAGGAAAGUCGUCAACGUGAAGCUGGUAAGGACGCCUGUUCAAGGCACACACACACACACACACACACACACACACACACACACACACGCACACGCACACGCACAUGUGCAUGUGCAUUCAUGAACAUUCAUGCAUUAUUUCCACUACAACUCACCCACAGCCAGGUGCCCGGUACUCAGACCGAGGUGCCCGUAACUUGGAGGUGUUUGCCAUAGAGAAUACACUCUUCUACAAAAACUUUACAAGGACAAGUUCUGAACAUGUGUACAGCCGGCUUGGUGCACAAUGCUUGCAUUUUCCAUUUUGCUUUUGUUUCCGAAUGUGUAUAUUCACACGUGUGCUGCAAAGAAGUAUAGUUGAUUCUCCCAGAUAUUCCUCCUUCCCAUUGUACCCACUUCAGAAGGUAAAGGCGAAAGGUUUCAUUCUAAUGUAAUGUUUUACCUGUUCAAACUUGCAAAUUUGUCUAUAAUAUUUCUUAAUAAAAACUCGGAUGUCGAGCCAAUAGGAGCAUGUAAAGAGAAAGGACCAAUAAGUAGUUACGAGUUAUGACUAACCGUCCACCAAGGUAACGAGAUAAUAUACAGUCAGAUAGUACGACCACAAGGUACAAAAUGACAUGGAUGUUGAGACGUUCGCCUCAUUGGAACUUUCCGCACCUGAGCCUUCCAAGUUGAAAGGUUGUUGGUUUGCGCUUCGUAGAUGUGUUAGAGCUAGUUAUCUCAAAGAGUUGGUAGACAAGCCAUUGAUUAGCCACUCUCAUUGUACUUCCUCCGCGUCAUUAAAAUCGUCGCUUCGCACAUCGCAAUGUUUGUGACUUGGCUCGUCUUAGUCAGACUGUCGGAAUCGCUGUUUUCUGUGUUCGAACAUUGGUGCGACCCUGCGCAAUGUCUACUUGUUACUGAAGCCGUGAUGGUCUCAGACUUUGUCGGAGCUCUCUUCCGCGCCAAGCAAAUUCAUCGCGCUCCGCACUAUUCCGCCCCAGAGCGCAUAUCGUUUUUUCUGGAGUUCGUGCCGUCCCACAUCGUUCGCGUGGGCAUUUAUCAAGACUGCAAGCUUGGGUAUAAGAAUCCUGGUAUCUCUCCUGAAUACGAAAUGCUGAAGUUGACGAUGGCAAGAAGGUGUUCUCAAAUUCCUAAAAUGCGCUACUUGUGGCGCAUGUUGCUGCGAAGGUAGCAGGUCUGAAAACACCAACAAAAUCAGCGAAGCGCUUGCCAAGGAAAGAAGGUGCGGAAGUGCUUACCCUAUCCCGCUGGAAGGUCGUUACAGUGUACUUGAAAAAUGCUAGCUUGCCUUCAUCGCCUGCCACCUGGAGGCAUGGAUCGCUUGAAAACGAAGUUUCUUGACCUGAAUUUGAACGCGUGUCUUGUUCAGCGUAUUGUUGAGUGCUGAAGGGUCUGCCUCAAGCUCUGAUGAAGACGUCGACCUUAGCUGCAAGUACAGCGAAGCGGGAGGCCACAAACUAAAGUUUGGUCCGUCGACAAUGCUCUGCCUCAAUUUCUAGCUGAUUUCUUUGCCCUUUGAGUGGACAAAAUAAAUUCGAAAAAUCGAUCUGGGAAGCGACAAUUUUAAUGACGCGGAGGAAGUAAUAUCAAAAAAGUAAAAUAUUUCUACCUUUAUUUAUCAUAUAUACCACUCUUUGGUCUAGAAAGAAUGCUUUUUGAUGCUGCAGUCCAUUCAUUGGAAACUGGCACCCUAUCCUUUUGGUGUCUCCCACACAUAGUUGUAGAUAUCGUGAAAACAACAGUACAUCCUGCAUUGUGUGACCCGUGCAAUUACUCCCUGCCACAUUUGAGGCCAGAAAAGUCCAAGAACAGGGAAAAAGAAAUUCAGCCAGGUUUUACAAAAUCAGGACAGGUGUGCCAUGGGAAAAUGUUUGGAGAAGCAGAUCCCAAACCCAGAUUUUUGAUUUAAAGUGGGUUUUUGAUCCUCAAUUCGGCCCAAAUCGGACUUUCAAAAGCCAGCGGGACAGUUUCCGAUGAAUGGACUGUAAUUAGCUCACAUCCCACAUGCACAUGCAGAUACUAGACCGCUAUGAAGUACACAAACACACAGGGCACAGAGUUUGGAGUAAUGCGGGUGCUGGCUGUGAUUGAGGCAAUGUGGCUCAACAUAGAGCAUGAGAGAGAGAGAGAGAGAGAGAGAGAGAGAGAGAGAGAGAGAGAGAGA